CUUGUGAGUGGCGAAUACGUGAUGCAACCUGCACGUAAAACGCGCAUGUCUCAUCUAUUAUUCUUGCCUAGUACCUAUUCAGUCAUCUAGGCAGACUGUCGGGCUCCCCCGAACUCAUGCGGCUGAAAUGAGGUUUGUCGUAAUCUCGAGAACCCCCAAAAGGGCAUGGCACAUAUCGAUCCCGUACCAGAGCCCAUACCAAUCAGCAAAUUGCGGGUUUCUAAGGCUAGGUGACUGUCAGGGUCGAUUGAGGGCCACUGUUGAUUCUCAUCAUCUCGCUCCUGCGUUGUCAUGGUGUAUUGUGCAGUCUAUUCUUGAAGAGGUUUUGGUCGAGAAACCGGCUUUGUGUCUGCUCUCGCGCAUUCAUUCUAGCAACAAUGUAUCUUUUACCAGUCAACCUCGAAAAGCCGACGCACAUGUACGAUGCCAUGUGGCCUAAGUCCAAACAACCGACUGGACAAACGAAAAUCAUCAUCGCCGCUCUCUUCGAAGAUUGUUCGCAGAACUUCAACAAACUCUGCGCGUUAUUAGUGCCACACUGUCGUCAAGUUCAGAACAAAUCACUAGCAGACUGCCUGAGUCAUUUCAUCACAUGGGGCAUCGAAAAUUCUGCCAAAGACCUGGAUUACAAGCUGCGCAAGGCAGGGAAAAUGCACGACAUGGUGGUGGAUCUUCUUACUCAGUUAAAAGAGGCUCUAGAGGAAGGUCUGCAAAUAUUGGAAACAGAUGAGUUGCAAGACAUUGAGGACAAGGUGAUCUUACCAGAUGACAGUCUGCAUGGAUUAGAAGACGUAUCCGGCGUGACCCUUGACGAAGUUUCGCCAGAGUCGCGGAACAAGGACUCGGGCUUGGUUGACAGUGCUGGCGAGAUUUUUGAGAUCAUUGAAACGACCGUCGAUGAUCUCAAAUCGCUCACUCCUAGCCUGGUACGACCGUAUCCGGAGGAUAUUGACACACUGUCUUCCAGCGUCGCUGAUUCUAGCGAUACUGGUGACGUCGCAGACGUUGAGCUGGCCCGGCGAGUGUUCCCAUCGGCCUCCAGUGUACUUCACGCUAGAUUGGGCCAUGCCAACUGGAAGCGCAAGAUCGCGCAGAGAACAGUUCAGCUCAACACACGCCACGGAGGUUUCACACAGAAGCAGGCACCUAGAGGUGAGAGAAAAACGGUCCGUCAGGAGGUCGCCGUGGACGCUUUCAACUUUCAGAGACCUACUCUCGGCAUGAUUUCUGGAAACAUCGUGAAGACUUCCAGCGCCAAGGCCAAUCCGGGACUUCCCAUCCCGUCAACGGCGAGCAGCACGGCACCAUCGGAAAUGGGCGGAACAGCAACUGCUUCCAUUGCUCCCUCGGCGAUAUUUUCGCAGACGACAGAGGCAGCAUCUAUUUCCAUCGCCCCGUCAACGAUAUUCUCUCGGGGCAAACUAACUCGUGCCGGGUCGACUACUACCUUGGAGACUUCAAGUUCCAUUCAUAAGUCGUCGAACGCCUUAAAGCAGAUGAAACCGCGGGUAGCACCUGUCGAGCGUCCAAAAUCUCGAGUUAUGACGUAUCCUGCAGUCCCAGUUGAACUGGAGGGCAUAGUAAAAGGUAAAGAACAACAGUUCACGUGCAAUCUCUGCGGCUAUGACCUCGAAGCAGGGACCAAAAUCAAAACCGAAGACGACUGGAAACAGCACGUACUCGAAGACCUGGAACCUUAUCUGUGCACUUUCGACGAAUGCUUUAGCGCGCAGGAGAUGUACGCCAUCCGCGACGAAUGGUACCAGCAUGAACUAGAGACACACCGGGUCAAAAAGGUCUGGAAAUGCGCUGCUUGCUCGGAAGAAUUCACAACCAAAUCGCUGGUCGAAGAACAUCUUGAGAGCCACGGACCGGAGCUUGACCAAGAUGAAAUCUUCAUGAUGAAGGCGAUGCUCCGUCAAACCCUCUCAAACAAGCAUUUCGGUACAUCCAACUUUGACUGCCCCCUGUGCCGGAUCAAAGUUUCAUCCGGCAAGACCAAGGAUCACAUUGCGAGACAUCUGGAGUUUUUUGCUUUAUUGUCAGUCCUUGAGGAGGAGUCCUCGGAGGAUGAUUCGGAUGAGAUGUUCUCUCAGACCAACGACGAUGCCAUGUCGGACAGGUACAUCAGGGAGACAGUUCUCAGUACGUUUGUCAAGGAACAGCUGAAAUUGAAUCUAGAACGUGGGAAGCAGCCUCCAGACCGGUUCAUGGAAGACGGCAACUUUCUAGAUUUGCUGGAGGAUAUGUCCGACUAUGACGGGUCUAAGGAUAGUAGGUCGAGCCCAGGUGGUCGCCGAGACGAGUCAAAGAACCUGUUGAUGGAACGAAUGUUCCACGGCGAACGGAGUAGGAACCAAAAAUUACCUUUCGCGCCAGCGUCCAGGUCUACCCAGUCACUGUUGAAUGCUGCUGGAGCUUCACCGUUGACGUCUUCCACCGAAAGGCUACCUCUUCUGCGCACUUGGUCAUAUCCACGUAACGACGACUUCAUGGGCAGAGACAAAGACUUGGCGAAGUUGUACAAGAUCCUAUCCGAGCCAGGCACUGUAUGUGUUGUGAGUGCUGAGGGGGGCAUGGGAAAGACCGCUCUUGCAGUCGAGUACUCGUGGCGAUACGAGCACUGCUAUCAUUACGUCUUCUGGAUUCAAACGGAAACCCCUGUCGGGUCGGCAGACACCUUCUGCCAGAUUGCAAUACAAUUGGGUCUUGCAUCCGAGGGGAUGGAUAAUGAUAUUCUCAUCAAAAUCGGCCGCGAGUUUCUCGAACAGGUCAAGGAUAAAAGAUGGCUGAUGGUGUUUGACAAUGUCAAUAAGUGGGAAGACAUCGACAGCUUCACCCCAAUCAAGACCUCCGCCACAAAUGGGUCCAUACUCAUCACCACUAGACAUGAGAGUCUCACUGCGCCAUCACGGCCGGUCAACUAUUAUCGCUGGGCUCUUGAGGAGCUGGAUGUCGAUGAGGGAAGGAAACUUCUCAUUCAUGGGCUGCCACAAGAGUUGAGACCAGAGGAAAACUCUCUGAGAGACCCCGAGUACAAAAUUGCUGGGGAUAUUGCUACACUAGCAGGGCUCCCAUUGCUUAUCAUCUACAUCUCUGGAUACGUCAAGCAAGCAGGUUGCAGUCUAUCUGAGUUCUGGGAGUAUUGGGAUGAAUGGAGACCAAACGCACGCAAGCCGGGGGGCUCAACUGAUGCAAGUGGGCGUGAUUCGGUGUUCCAUAUUGCUCUUCGUGAUCUAGGUGGGGAUGCGCGAAAGAUCCUCAAGAUCAUGGCCUUCCUCAACAGCGAUGGUAUCCAACGAGAGCUUCUCGUUCGGAUCGACAACAACAAACCGGGGCCGGCUUACUUGAAGCAGAAUCGAUUUCGAUUGAUAAUGUCCAAGCUCAUCACUCAAAAGUUCGUGGCCGAGACGACGACAAAACACGCAGAUAAGGAGACUUACACGGUCCACCGUGUCUUGCAGUCCCGCCUCCUGCAAGAUAUGAAAGCCAAGCCACACGAGCGAGACGAGAUGUACCACAUUGCAUACGAACUCGUGCGCCACCAUCUACCACGGCCAUCGAUGGAUUCCCCCGAACUUUCCAAAUGGAGCACUUCCAAGGAGUAUCUGCCGCACGUACUAAGUCUGCAACAUGCAUACGCGGACCCCUUUUCGAUAGCUUCACCAAAACCCUUCCUUGGACUGGCCGAGCUGUUCAAAGAUGGUGGCGUGCUUCUGUGGCAACGCUAUAUCUACAGCGAUGCGAUGAAACUUCUUGACUCUGCCGAGAAGAUCCUGGAUGAGCUCGAGAGCGAGGAAGAAAACCUCCGGGCCGAGAUUAACGUCACCAUCAACCUGCUGCUUCAGUACUUUGGCAUCAGCCACAGAAAGGAGAGCAAGGAGCGACUCGGCCGCAUUCUCGAGUACAGGCAAAAGAUCAUGGACAAAAAGGCGCCAGAAGAUAUCACGCGGGAAGACCAGAUCCUCCUCAUUGACGCCAAAGCAGAUUACGCCAACGGACUGCUCCAAUUCAACGACUACAAGGCAGCUGAGCCUAUAUACCAAGACUGCUACAAAAGAUAUCUGGAGCUAGGAGCGGAGUCCGAACCCAAGUCGUCCUUUGCCCUGGCUAAGCUGAACCACCACAUGGCCUACUGCAAGAUGUACCGCAGAGAGUUCGCCGAAGCGACCAAGCUGGCCGAAAAGGCAGUCGGCAUUAUUGAUGCGCUCGGCGAUCGGCAGAUGACGCUGCGGUACCAGUUUGAUGAAGCGUGCAUCGUCUUGCAGUCUGGCGAUCUGGAAAGGGCGUUGACGAUGCACCGCGAGAUUCUUGACGCGCGGCUUGGGUUUCAGGGAAGAGCCAGUUAUUUCUCUCUGCAGAGUCAGUACGCUUAUGCAGCUUUGUGUCACUAUCUUGGACGGUUGCAAGAAGCCGAAGGCUGGAUGAUGCAAGCCCUCAGCAAAGCUAGCGAGCGAGGCGGCAAGAACUUUUGGCCUGACGCAGCUCUCGCGCGCACCAAGUUCCACCUAUCCCAGGUUCUUACAGACCUGAACGGCGGUGAGCCCACCGAACGGUCGCUGCAGAUGGCGCGUGAUGCUAAGGACAUGCUGUCCAGGAUGCUGCCGUAUGAUCCGGUCACAGGCGUUAGGGAGGAGCAUACGGGGGCCUUGUUUGAUCACUUGCAGCCUGUGUUUGAGGGGCGGUUCACGGGGUUGAGUUUGUUGGAGUACGUGUCUUGAUGGAGAUGGUUUUUGAGUCGAUGGGGCGUAUCAAGUGCAAAAUGAGAUUGAAUGGGGGUCAAAAGAUUCUCUGAUAAUCAUUCUGUAUUUAGUGAGCCGUACUUCUGGCUUCAACCGUUCUAUUAGAUAUCGUGAUAUUAUCUCACGCCUAAUUGUAAUUGGU